CGUCAUAGCCUGGCGUCGUUCUGCCACAGCUGAGCCUCAGCAGCAGCAGCAGGGACUGCUGUCCGGUAGGAGCAGGGCCGGAGGAAAAUGCAGACAUCCUGCGGAAAACACGCAGAGCAGCGUCCCGACGACACUCGCUGAUCCUCGUGUCUUCGCCGUUUUUCGUUAUUGCUUUGUCUUCUUGCGUCCCUCUCCUCUCUAAACACCGGAGGAUGGGGGAAUGAUCAGUGCCGCCACCAUCUCCCCGUCCUCCGCCUUCGUCUGGUGUCUGUGCCCAGGAUGAGGGCUCGUCUGCUCGGACACACGGUGGUGUUCGUUGCCCUCUUGGCGCUGAGAAGCUGCCUGGCAGGUUCUCCUCUGUGCCCUCGGAGUUUAGAAUGUGCCCUGGCAGGAAGACACUUCUGCCGGCCUGGCAGCUCCCACUGUGGGCCUUGUCUGCGCCCCCUGGUGGAAAACUCCCGUGGACGCUGCGUGGUCAAGAGGAGACAUGCUCCUCACAUUCAUUCUGUUAAAGAUAAAGUGAGCCCAUACCCUGAGCUCGAUGAGGAGAUUGACUUUCUCUCUGCAAUCAUCAGGGAACAGAGACCCGAGUCCUACAGCUCAGCCCCAUCCUCCCAGGAGAUCACAUCCAAGCAGUUUGAAGAGCAUGGCUACACUCACAGAGCAUCUUCUGUGGAACAGCCUCCUACUCAGAGUGUCCUGCUAACUAGCAUCGCUUCACCCACCCCUAGAAACCACACUGCCGCUCUGAGCAGUCCCAUCAUCCUCCGCUACCCUCCUGACGACCAUGUCUUCAUCAUCAUGAGCAGCGUCGUCAUUGUGGCAGGUUCCCUGGCACUGCUGGUAGCGUUGGCUUGCUGGGUCAGGUUUCAGAAAUAUGUUCAUAUCAAUCAGAAAGUGGACUACCCUUCAUCUGGACUGAUGAGUGCUCAGGCAUUCGAGAAUUUGCUUGGGGACAAGAAGCUGGCCCACAGUGCCCAAAUGUACCACUACCAGCACCAGAAGCAACAGAUGCUCUCCCUGAGAAAACACAGGGUUGAGCCUAAAGUUCCUGACUCUGCAGCCUCAACAGAUGAGGAGAAUGAGGAUGGAGAUUUCACCGUGUAUGAGUGUCCUGGACUUGCACCAACGGGGGAAAUGGAGGUGAAGAACCCAUUGUUUGACGACUCCACCCUCUACCUGCAGAGAUUCCACAAAUGAACCUGGACACAGAGACGUUUCAUGCUCUAAAAGCAGCACCUGUAUGUACAAAUAUUUACACGUCAGUUUAAUUGUUCCAGUGCGCAGAUCGGACACAUACCCUAAACAGCCAAACUACAUUUGGUUUUUCCCGUUUUGUUUACAUAUUUCUUUACUGUUUAUUACACACAUAUGCAACCAUACAUGCUCAGCAUUUAUGAGCUCACUGAUAGAACAGGCUUUGCUUUUAUUUCAGCAUUUUUAAAUGGAUGUAAUGUUGAUAUGAACACAACUUCUCUUGUGUGUUAUGUACACAUUGUUUUUCAGUUGAUUUCCGUCUUGCUGACACCAUGUCUACAUGCAUCUGCAUUCUUACAGUUCAUCCAAGAAAUUUAAAUAUUAGACAAAGAUAACACAAGUAAAUUAAAUGUAUAACUGAA